AAAACAUUCCCUUUCUUCCUUACCCCGAUGUAUUUAAAUUGCUAUUGCAGACUCGUUCGUAAGUUCUACGAUGACGGAGUCACCGCCUGAUUACCAGACGGAGGUUACGACACAGGGCUCUCAAAAUUAUAAUGCUGUGCUCAGUGACGCCCGCCCGCCUCCUAUCAUAUUUCAACCAAUGGGAACUCAACCAAUGGGGGCUCAACCAAUGGGAGCUCACCCCAUGGGAGCUCAACCAAUGGGAGCUCAGCCAAUGGGAGCUCACCAAAUGGGGGCUCACCCAAUGGGAGCUCAACCUCAACACACGACGGUGAUUGUCAACCAGCCAAUGGCGAUGCAGAAUUCGGGACCGAGGCCCUGGAGCUCUGGAAUUUGCGGCUGUUGUGAAGAAAUGAGUUCUUGUUGUCUGGGUUGGUUUUGUCCGUGUAUCUUGGCGUGUAAUGUGGCGACGGACAUGGGCGAAUCUUGCUGUGUGCCAUGCUGUGUUCAUGGCGGGCUUGUUGCCAUGAGAACGAAGAUCCGGAUACAGAACAACAUUCACGGAAGCAUAUGUGAUGACGGAAGCACUGCGUGCUGCUGUGGCCCGUGCAUGCUGUGUCAGAUGUCACGUGAGCUGACCUUUAUCCAGAACAUCCAACUGCAGAAUGUCAUGACAAUCAGCUAUGCCCAUCCAACUACAGUCCAGUAACAGUGAUGUCCAGUGACUUAGGCUAAUUACUUAUUUAACUCAUUUACGUGCCCAUGUCCACCUAAGGUUCAGGUAUGUCCGUCCUGGGUACACUAUCUGAAAUCGCCAAUUGCUCUGGGUUAGUUGUUAGUUGAUUAGUGGUUAGAGAGAGAGAAGAAGGUGUAGUGGCCUUACACCUACCCAUUGAGCCCUUAAGGACUCGCUCUGGGUUGGAGCCGGUACCGGGCUGCGAACCCUGUACUUACCAGCCUGUAGUCCGAUGACUUAACCACUGCGCCACCCAGGCUGGUUAAUUAAUCCAGUCUAUCGUUUGUAGAGUAAUUACUGGCUUCGAUGGUGUCGUGAUUAAGCCAUCGGCUGGUAGGUACUGGGUUCGCAGCCUGUUACCGACUCCCACCCAAAGCGACUCAGUAGAUAGGUGUAAAACCACUACACCCGCUUCUUUCUCAUUAUCCACUAUCAACUAACCCACUGUCCUAGACAUCCAGCCAGAUAGCUGAGGUGUGUGCCCAGGACAGCGUGCUUGAACCUUAAUUGGAUAUAAGUGAAAAUGAAGUGGAUUAAUCGACGGUUUUAUCACCUCGGAAUAAAAUAGUUGUCACGUGUCGUUAAGGUUAUCAAUUACGCAUCUUUAACAAUGACGUCAGCUGACCCGUGACGCGUUCAGGAGACCGACGCUCACGGUCACUUGUUAGACUGGUUUUUGCGCCUAACGUUAUACUGUAUGAAUGUGAAAGGAAUAAAACACAAUGGAAACCAGU